CGUGUCUCUCCUGUGAUCGUACUGACACGGCCGGGGGGUUAGAAUGGAACAAACUGAAGGCUCGAUGAGAGAAAGGGAAAGUUAAGGAUGCUGGAGCAGAACAAUGGAUUUCUCUUUCUCUUUCAUGCAAGGGAUCAUGGGAAACACAAUUCAGCAACCACCUCAACUCAUUGACUCGGCCAACAUCCGCCAGGAGGAUGCCUUUGAUAACAACAGUGACAUUGCUGAAGAUGGUGGCCAGACACCCUUCGAAGCUACUUUGCAACAAGGUUUCCAGUAUCCACCCACAACAGAAGACCUUCCUCCACUCACAAAUGGCUACCCACCAUCCAUCAGCUUGUAUGAAACUCAGACCAAAUACCCGCCAUACAACCAGUAUCCCAAUGGGUCAGCCAACGGUUUUGGUGCAGUUAGAAACUUUAGCCCCACUGACUAUUACCAUUCAGAAAUUCCAAACACAAGACCACAUGAAAUUCUGGAAAAACCUUCUCCUCCACAGCCACCACCUCCUCCUCCUUCGGUACCACAAACUGUAAUUCCAAAGAAGACGGGCUCACCUGAGAUUAAACUAAAAAUAACCAAAACUAUCCAGAAUGGCAGGGAGUUGUUCGAGUCCUCCCUUUGUGGGGACCUUUUAAAUGAAGUCCAGGCGAGUGAGCACACGAAAUCAAAGCACGGGAGCAGGAAGGAGAAGAGGAAAAAGAGCAGCAGGCACGAGGCGUCCGGACCCCAAGAGCGCCGGCCACACAAGACCCCCAAGUUCGAGCCAGAGGCGCAGAGUAGACCAAAUGAGAGGGUGGACACCGCACCAGAAAACCCAAGAGAAGAACCAGUGCUCAAAGAGGCCGUCCCGGUUCAGCCAGUACUGUCUUCUGUUCCAACAACAGAAGCGUCCACUGGUGUUAAGUUCCAGGUUGGUGAUCUUGUUUGGUCCAAGGUGGGAACCUAUCCUUGGUGGCCUUGUAUGGUUUCAAGUGACCCCCAGCUUGAGGUCCAUACCAAAAUUAACACAAGAGGUGCCCGGGAAUAUCAUGUCCAAUUUUUUAGCAACCAGCCAGAGAGGGCAUGGGUUCAUGAGAAACGGGUACGGGAGUAUAAAGGUCACGAACAGUAUGAAGAGUUACUAGCCGAGGCAACCAAACAAGCCAGCAAUCACUCUGAAAAACAAAAGAUUCGGAAACCCCGGCCUCAGAGAGAACGUGCCCAGUGGGACAUUGGCAUUGCACACGCGGAGAAGGCUUUGAAGAUGACUCGAGAAGAGAGAAUGGAACAGUACACUUUCAUCUACAUUGACAAGCAGCCAGAAGAGGCUUCAUCCCAAGCAAAGAAGAGUGUUACCUCCAAGACCGAAGUUAAGAAACCCCGAAGACCAAGAUCUGUGCUCAACAGUCAGCCAGAACAGACCAAUGCUGGGGAGGUAGCCUCCUCACAGUCAAGUACUGACCUCCGGAGACAGAGCCAGAGGCGGCACACGAGCGUGGAAGAGGAAGAGCCCCCUCCUGUUAAAAUAGCCUGGAAAACAGCAGCCGCAAGGAAAUCCUUACCAGCCUCCAUCACAAUGCACAAAGGGAGCCUAGAUUUGCAGAAGUGUAAUAUGUCUCCAGUUGUGAAAAUUGAACAAGUGUUUGCUCUUCAGAACGCGACAGGAGACGGGAAGUUCAUUGAUCAGUUUGUUUAUUCAACGAAGGGAAUUGGUAACAAAACAGAAAUAAGUGUCAGGGGGCAAGACAGGCUUAUAAUCUCCUCACCGAGUCAGAGAAAUGAGAAGCCAACUCAGAACACGUCAUCUCCCGAGGCAACAUCUGGCUCUACAGGCCCAGGAGAGAAGAAGCAGCAGAGGAGGUCUGUCAGGACUCGGUCUGAGUCAGAGAAAUCCGCCGAGGUUGUGCCAAAGAAGAAGACCAAGAAGGAGCAGGUUGAAACAGCUCCUCAGGCUUCCCUGAAAACUGGAUUACAGAAAGGUGCCAGCGAGAUUUCAGAUUCCUGUAAGCCUCUAAAGAAAAGGAGUCGCACCUCAACUGAUGCAGACACGGCUAAGUCCGCAUACAGAGACACGUCUGACUCCGAUUCUCGAGGACUGAGUGACCUGCAGGUAGGCUUUGGGAAGGAAGGAGAUAGCCCUUCAGCCGCUGCAGAUGCAGAUGCUUGUGACUCACAGUCAGUGGACUCCAGUGUGUCUCGGAGAGGCGUUGGCAUGAGUAAGAAGGACACCGUGUGUCAGAUGUGUGAAACCGCUGGUGACUGUCUGCUUUCCUGUGACGGGGAGUGCUGCAGAUACUUUCACGUGGAGUGCCUGGGGCUGACUGCAGCCCCCUCGGGAAGCUUCAUCUGCCAGGAGUGUGAGACUGGCCAGCACCCAUGUUUUUCAUGUAAAGUGUCUGGUAAGGAUGUGAAGCGUUGCUCCGUCAGUGUCUGUGGGAAGUUUUAUCAUGAAGCCUGUGUCCGCAAACUCCCCACUGCCAUCUUUGAGUCCAAGGGGUUCCGUUGCCCCCAGCACUGCUGCUCCUCCUGCUGUGUGGAGAAGGACAUCUACAAAGCAAGUAAAGGACGGAUGAUGAGGUGCUUGAGGUGUCCAGUCGCCUAUCACUCUGGAGAUGCGUGUGUCGCUGCUGGAAGCGUCUCUGUGUCCUCCCACAUUCUCAUCUGUAGCAACCACUCCAAACGGAGUAGUCAUUCUGCUGCCGUAAACGUAGGCUUUUGUUUCGUUUGUGCCAGAGGGCUGAUAGUUCAGGACCAUUCAGACCCCAUGUUCAGUUCCUAUGCCUAUAAAUCCCACUACCUACUGAAUGAAUCAAACCGUGCUGAGUUGAUGAAAUUACCUAUGAUUCCUUCUUCGUCAGCUUCCAAAAAGAAAUGUGAGAAAGGUGGAAAAUUGCUGUGCUGUGAGACAUGCCCGGCUUCCUUCCACCCCGAGUGCCUGAACAUAGACAUGCCAGAAGGCUGCUGGCACUGCAAUGACUGUAAAGCUGGCAAGAAGCUGCACUACAAGCAGAUUGUUUGGGUCAAACUGGGAAAUUACAGAUGGUGGCCUGCAGAGAUCUGUAGCCCCAGGUCUGUGCCUCUGAAUAUCCAGGGCCUGAGGCACGACUUGGGGGACUUCCCUGUGUUCUUCUUUGGGUCUCAUGACUACUACUGGGUACACCAAGGCAGAGUGUUCCCUUAUGUGGAAGGGGACAAAAGCUCUGCAGAGGGACAGACUAGCAUUAACAAGACCUUCAAAAAAGCACUGGAGGAAGCUGCCAAGCGUUUCCAGGAGUUGAAAGCACAGCGGGAGAGUAAGGAGGCUCUGGAGAUAGAGAAAACCUCCAGGAAACCACCUCCCUACAAACACAUCAAGGCUAACAAGGUGAUAGGGAAGGUGCCAAUCCAGGUGGCUGACCUGUCGGAGAUUCCCCGCUGUAACUGCAAGCCUGCUGAUGAAAACCCUUGUGGCCUGGAGUCGGAGUGUCUGAACAGAAUGUCCCAGUAUGAGUGUCACCCACAGGUGUGCCCUGCCGGGGACCGCUGUCAGAACCAAUGCUUCACAAAGAGGCUCUACCCUGAAGCAGAGAUCAUCAAAACGGAGCGGAGAGGCUGGGGCCUCCGAACCAAAAGGAGCAUUAAGAAGGGUGAAUUUGUAAAUGAAUAUGUUGGUGAAUUAAUUGACGAGGAAGAGUGCAGACUCCGGAUCAAGCGGGCACACGAGGACAGCGUGACUAAUUUCUAUAUGUUAACUGUUACCAAGGACCGAAUCAUUGAUGCUGGCCCAAAGGGAAAUUACUCUCGUUUUAUGAACCACAGUUGCAAUCCAAACUGUGAGACACAGAAGUGGACAGUAAAUGGAGAUGUUCGAGUGGGACUCUUUGCUCUUUGCGAUAUCCCUGCAGGGAUGGAGCUAACGUUUAAUUAUAACCUGGACUGCCUGGGCAACGGCAGGACUGUGUGCCACUGUGGGGCAGAGAACUGCAGUGGCUUUCUGGGAGUCCGACCAAAGUCUGCGUGUGCAUCCGCUGCUGACGAGAAGACAAGAGAUGCUAAGUUAAAGAAAAGGCGGAAAAUGAAGACGGAACCAAAGCAGAGACAUGAGGACUCCUGUUUCCAGUGUGGAGAUGGGGGAGAGCUGGUCAUGUGUGACAGAAAGGACUGUCCCAAAGCCUACCACCUCCUAUGCCUUAACCUGACCCAGCCGCCGUACGGAAAGUGGGAGUGUCCGUGGCAUCAGUGUGACGAGUGUGACAACGCGGCCGUCUCCUUCUGUGAAUUCUGUCCACACUCAUUUUGUAAAGAUCAUGAAAAGGGGGCUCUGGUGCCCUCUGCACUAGAAGGUCGUCUCUGCUGCUCUGACCACAACCCCGAAUCUCCUGUGUCACCAGAGUAUUGGAACAAGAUCAGAUGUAAAUGGGAAUCCCAAGAUCCUGGAGAAGAAGUAAAGGAGUGAAUGGUGGCUCUUUCCUGCCCUGCUGUUCUAAGUGGAAGAAGAAACCAAUGAUGCAUUUAGAACAAGCGACGCUAGUGCCGUUGCCGAGACGGCCGGACAAGGAAGACAGGAACCAGUUCCCAGGCUGAGCAGGCGCUGUCGGGGCUCCAGUUUGUCUUGUUGCUUUGGGGAGAGUUCGGUGGACAGUGAGAUUCCCUUGGUCUUCUCUUGCUUUUUAUUGUGUCUGCCCCAGUGUCUUUCUUUGCCUCUAGUGAAAGAGGUGUCCUGUUUCUAAAGAGAGAGGAGAGAGAGAGGUUACUAAGAUCAUUGUCAAGCCUAAGAUGCAAUCCUUGGUUGUAUAAAGCAAAAUUAGCCAUUCCUUUAUUUAUUUUCAUUUUUAGGAAUUGUGAGAGGUGUAGCUCAACAAUCUAACCUCCGUGUGUGAGUGUGUGUGUGUGUGUGUGUGUGUGUGUGUGUGUGAGUGUGUGUGUGUGAGUGUGAACCUUUAUAUACCUCUUUACAGAGCCAUAGACAGGCUCACUUCGCUUUCCUUUUCCAUGCCUUUCUAGUCUCAGAGAAGGCACUGGGCAGUAUUCAGUCUGGCCUCUUGGAAACAAAUGCCUUGACAGCUUUUACCUCUUGGUCUUAAACGAGGUGGGCUUCACGUGCAGUGGCUCCACCUGGAAGUGGGGGUGCGGGGAAAUGUCUAGUAGGGAAGAGGGAGUGAAUGCCCUCACUGCUUCUGAGUGUCACCCAUCAACGGUGUCCUGAUGUGUGGGGCUGUGAAUGCACAGGAGAGUGUCGCUGCUGUCUCCUGACGCAUUGGCAAGGAGCUAAAGGCAGAGGAAGGCACAGACCGGAAGUUGGAUCAGAUCCACAGCAUUUUCUGAGCACUUAGUGUAGACUCCAGUCUUACUGGGGUUUAAGGGCAUCUGAUUGUCUUUCGCUCUGCCAAUCGCUGAUCACUCAACCGUGUUUCCUAGUAGAGCUGUGUAAUUGAAUCUGAAUUAUGUUUUAAGAGAUUUUUUUUCAGUUGAUUUCCUAACUUGGGGUGGUGAAAAUAGACAGAGACAUCCCCAAGUUAUACGUGAACAGUUUCUUCUUAGUAUGAUGCAGUGCUUAAAAUUGUCCCCAUUGAGUAAGAGGAGGAAGUUUUACAGGGUAUUUAAGAGCCACAGAGCAUUUCAUCUUAGAAAGCACUUGAGAACACUCCCCAGGAAGUCAGUGUUCACAAACGUGGCUGUGAUGUUUGAAUGGUACAGAGCCGAGCACGCACGGUGUCUGCCCACAGAAUUCCCUUGCAUCUAGCACUUAGGAAUAAAUAGAGCUAUUCCAGUAUUACUUGUAUGAAAUCAUGUGAGACAUUAGAACAUUGGACUGAGUAGAAAUCUAGUGUUACUGUGAAACAUGAACUUCCUCAGUGAGUUUUAACUGCUGACCAGCGGGCGGUACACAGUAGGGUUUAUCCUCAAGAACCUAGUAUCUCAUUAACGUGGGAUGGGAGAUGCUCUCCGACAUCCUGGAGUUGAGUCCAGUGUGUUGGUUCCUUUUUUAAUUUUUUACAAGUCAAUUCAGACCUCUUUCUCUGGAAGAAAGAGCAAUUUUGUGCCUCCUUUUUUUAAAUAUAUAUAUAUAUAUAUAAACGUGCAAUUUAUAGACAACAGACAGACACUACAGUUUCCCUCUCUAAGCUCCUAAACUGCCACUUAGCUGGAUGUAGCAUUUCUAGUGAUUCUGUGGUUAGACAAGGUCCAAUGAACAGAAAGACAGGAUGCUACAGGCCCCCAGUGCGGCCACUAUGACAGAAGCCCAGCCCACGCAAGCACUACACUUCGCUCGCUAGCAAUUGGGAAGUUUGAUCUCCUUUAAAAAAGUAAAGUAAGAAUAUCUGGGUUUUGGGGUUGGGGAUUUAG